AUGUCUGAUGACUCGAGGACUGUCCCUCAGGAGCAGCUCCCGUCUGAUGACCUCCACCCGCCGCCAAUGCCAGUGAUCAACCUGGGUCAUCUCAACCUUGAUCCAGCGAUACGAGCUUGCGUGGUUGAAGAUAUCACCAAAGCAUGCCGUGAUCUAGGAUACUUCCAGAUUAUAAACCAUGGGAUCAGUCAAUCUGUCAUGGAUGGAGCUGUUGACGCAGCUUCAGAUUUCUUCAAACUGCCAAGUGAGACAAAGGAAGAGUUUGCAUCAGACGACCUCCGACGGCCUGUUAGAUAUGACACCAGCUCAAAGGACGGCAUUAGUAUGUCACGGGCAUACCUAAAGCAUUAUGCCCAUCCCCUGAGUGAAUGGGUGCAAUAUUGGCCGGAAAAACCCCCAAUCUACAGGCAAAAUACUUUCUAUAAAUCUUCUUGCAAUCCUGAACUACAGGAGUAUAUGGGAAAUUUUGCUACUGAAUUAAGGAGGGUGGCCUUGCAACUAAUGGAAGCCAUACUAGAAGGCCUAGGAUUGGGCAAGGAUUACCAGCAUGAGAAAUUUGAGCAAGGACUGCAGCUAAUGUCAGUGAAUUGCUACCCGAAAGAAUCAGAAGGUGAUACAGCGAUAGGGCUGGCGCCGCAUUCCGAUUAUGGAUUCCUUACCAUCUUGUUCACAAGUUGUCGAGGCCUGGAGGUCGUCGACCGCAACAGCAACAGCUGGAAAGUGGUCCAGCCACUCCCACAUGCAUUGCAUGUCCACGUAGGAGACCACAUGGAAGUCCUGAGCAAUGGCAGAAUCAAGACUGUUGUGCACCGAGCUGUUCUGAAUCCUGAAGAGGCAAGGAUCUCCAUGGCUAGCAUUAAUGGUUUCGCAAUGCAUGAGAAGGUCUCCAGUGCCAGAGAGCUCGUGAAUGAGCAGAAUCCUGAAAAGUACACCGCGAGCAGUUUUAAUGACUUCCUCAACUAUCUCACAAGCAAUCUGGACAAUAAGCACCGGAACUUUCUUGAGAGCCUUAGGGUGCGAGGAGCAUAAAAGGGGGUAAAAUGAUGAGCUCUAUGCCUACAACAGUGCUUCAUCCCUAUGUGUUCCGGACUACUUAUCUGUUAUAGUGCUAUGUAAGGAAUCUGUAUUACUUGCCUUGAUCUAUGAAGUUGUUGUUUGCUGUCCUGUUGUUUUCCCUUUUCUGGGUCUGUAACUAGGUAAUGAGUUAUUCUUCACUUCAUUCCAAUCCUUUAAUUACAGAAUGGGACAUAUGCCACUGCUGAGAUUGGAAUUCCA